UUCAGUUCUGGGAAGCGGGUGGCGUGCGUGAUACCGCCGCUCAGACUGUACUGCUGUUGCCGGGAGUUAUGCUACUCACCAGCUGCUUUACUUUCAUUUACCGAGUAUUUAUAUAAAUUGAGAAACGAAAUGUUGCGUUAUUCUGAAACCAUGAAGGCACUUCACAGUUACAUGCUGCUGAAAGCAUUCCUGAGCUGAACGGUUGGCGCCGAGGUAACUUAAGCUUAUAGCAGGUUUUAUGGGACGGCAGCUUAAGCGAGCCUGGGUGGACUUCUGAUCUCUGGAUGGAUAGCUGUGACAUGGACCAGACUGAAGAGCCCCCUCUUUGCAAUGACAUGGACCCACCCAAACAGCCUCCUUCUCACAAUGAUGUAAACAAACCCAAGGAAUCCUCUCACUGUGAUGUCGAUAAGCUCAGGUGUCAUCCCUCUUCUAGUAACACGAAGCAGCCCAGGGAUGUGGUAUCUCUCAGUGCGAUGGAGCUGCCCAGUGAUCACCUGUAUCCUAGGAGUGUGGACCAAAGUAGGGAUUUCCCUUCUUCUUGUGAAAUGGACCAGCCCGGCAACUCCCCUGUACUGAGUGACAUGGGAACGUCCACGAAUCCCACCUCUCCCAAUGAUGCUAAUAGCAAUACGGUACCCCCCAGUGACAUGGACCAGACUAUGAAUUUCCCAACUGCACAGAAAUACCCUCUUCCUACAGUUGGCAGUCGUAAACAGGCCCGCCUUCAGGAGAGGCGGGGCUCCAAUGUGUCACUGGUCCUGGAUGUGAGUACUUUGGGCAUGGUGGAGCCACUGUGUACUAUCUCCACUCCACGCGACACCAUCCUGCAGCUGCUCAGAACCAGUAAACGUCCCCUAGAUGCUUCACAGCUACAAGAGGUCUCCAGGCAAACGCAUAUAUUGGACCUGGAGUACCAGCAAAUACCCCCAAACUUUGUAAAUGCACCAGAGCUGAAUGUUCCAGGACAUGCCUUAAAGGACCGAUACAAGACCAUACUACCAAAUCCUGAGACCCGUGUGCUGCUGAAGGGGAGCAUCACGGAAGAGGAGGACAACAGCUAUAUCAACGCAAACUGCAUCCAGGGCUACGGUCAAUCUGCCAAAAGCUAUAUUGCCACGCAGGCCCCCAUGGUUAACACAGUGGAGGACUUCUGGGAGAUGGUCUGGCAGGAGGAGUCUGCGAUAAUCGUCAUGAUUGUAGAGCUCAAGGAGAUGACAGAGAAAUGUGUCCAGUACUGGCCGGACCAGGCCGGUGUAUAUGGCCGGGUCACUGUGGUUGUGAACUCAGUGGUGUCAGGCAACGGCUACACAGUUCGCGAGAUGACUGUCCAGGUGGGGUCAGAGAGCAGACAGGUGAGGCACUACUGGUACUCCACUUGGCCGGACCACCAGAUCCCCCCUGCAGGCCCCCUCUUGCAACUAGUUCUGGAUGUCCAGUCCUACAGAAAGACCCUGUGCAGUCCUGGCCCCACUGUCGUCCAUUGCAGGGCAGGCAUCGGACGCACGGGCUGCUUCAUCGCCUGCAGCGCCUGCUGUGAGCAGCUGGAGCAGGAAGGACAGGUGGACGUGCUGGGGACCGUCUGCCGGCUGCGGCUCGACAGGGGUGGGAUGAUCCAGACCACUGAGCAAUACCAGUUCCUUUACUUGGCCUUAGCCUUGCACAGCAAGAAACUGGGAGAGAAGGACACCGACCAGUCCACAGACUCUAUCUCCUCAAAGAGAAGAGAACAGGAGCAGGAACAUGACCCUGGACCACAGGAGUCAGUGUCUGAGUGACACAGGCUCUGACCAUUCGACACGCAGAGACCUGUCAAACAUCAAGGACCCGCUGAGCAUCUCUCUGCGCUCCUCAGCAUAGUGGCUGGACAUCACCCUUGUGGGUCCUACGCUGAAGUUGCUUCAAGGUUCACUCAGGCAAAACUUUCUUACAAACGGAAAUGAAUAAAUGCUUUUGAAAUAAACAUAUAUAUUUACAUAUAUAUCAUAUUUAUUUUUAAGUGGAUUGUCUUGAAAAUUGCUAAAAAUGGCAAACUAAACAGUAUUUUUUUUAUCUCAGCUAAUGAUGUGUGAAAUCAGUGUCCCAAAGCAGCUUUAGCGAUCCGCAGUGACAUUUUGGCACUGGUGAAGCACCAAUGCAGGCUGCUCUCACUUCCGGGAUGCUCUCCGAUUGUACGUCAUUGACUGAUGAGGACUGUUUAAUCUCAUGCUUAUAAAGAGGAUCAUCCGAAAUACACUGUCGCAGGUUUGCCAUGAAACGCCGCUUUUAAUACGAACCAUGUGUAAGUUGAUUUGCUUCUCAAAUUGAUGAUUGAAAUGGUAGCACUAGACAGGUGUGCUAUUGCAUUUCAGUUGUGAAACAAAUGGCGGAUGAAAGUUUAUUUGUGUUAUAGGUUUGUAUGCGUAUAUACAUGCCAUGUAUCAGGAUUAAAACAUUUCAAAACAAAUCUUAAGUUAAAAUAUUACAAUUGUAAUUAUUUGAGAUACUUACUUGCUGCCCUUCUUUGUCUAUAUAUAUAAUUUUAAAAGGUAUUUAAAAGGCAUAUUGCAUGAUGAACAGAUGAUUUUUUUUUCUGUAUGCACAGACCCUCCAUUCUGCCUUACAGAAUACUCAGAAUAAAGAGCAUAUUAAUAACCAGGUUCAUUUGAGCCAUUUCCUAAAACAAGUUGUAUUUUAUGUAAAGCUUUAUGAAGCACCUGUUUGGUCACUCUUUAAUACAACCAUUAGGACUGGAAAACUGAAUGAAGCUAUGAUUGCCAUUGUUAGUUAUUCUGUUAAUCAGAAUUUAUUUCUGGUACCUGCAAACCCAGUGUCUUGUAAAAAACAACAGGUUCUUCGCAGAUUUUGGCCCUGUGAUUCUUGGGUUUAAUAAACUUUAUUCCUGAAUAACAAGCCACAACAAA